UGCUCACUCGGCCAACAUUUGCUGACUAGUUGGCUGCUUACCUACUCUUCUGUAGGUAGUCGGAGACUGCUUUGUUUAGUUGUCAAACUGCAGUCCAUUCACGAGCAACAUUGGAGACGUGUUUCGGAAUGAAAGUUUUGUGGUUUAAUAAACUUUAUGUCAACAUUCGUGUGCUAACUUUUUUUUCACCGUCAUACGGUCGGUCGCACUGAAACAGUCAGUGGUUUUUAACUUUGUGUCCUCAGAUUGUUGCAAUUUUUAUUGUUAAAUACAAACAUAUUUACAAUUAAUUAACUCUGUUACUCGUAUACACAUUAAAUUGCCUUCGUCGACGUUGUCAUUUUCGUCCACUUCACAGCCGUGGUUUAUUGUUUUUUAUUGCGCUGUCAACUACGUUAUCGUUGUUAUAGGUGUUAGUGCUGUUUUUUUAUAUGUACGUAUGUAUUUGUAUACUUAUAUUAUUUUAUUUUCUACCACAUUUGGUGCCAGUUACUGUUGAUUCGCUACGCUGCGCUGGCACUUUUGCCAAGUUUAUGGUGUGCUAUCAACUAGAAAGUACGCGAAAAAAAAGAAAAUAAAAGAAUUUGCACAUUAAAAAGUUAAUAAUAAAAGAAAUGUGUAUAAAGCAAGAAGUGAACACAAAUUAAAACAACAAUUUCAUAAAUUGUUAAUUCUGGCUUCGUUGUAUUGAAACAAAUCUACGUAUGUAAGUGCAUCUGACGUCACAUCCUCUUCGCUGUUUCUGAACUCGUUGCAAUACAUUAAUUUUCGCUAAAUUGACGAGUGCCUCUGAAAAAGUACGUACAUAUGCACGAGUAAGCGCAACACAUUUGGGUGAUCGUAAACAAUGCAAUCAGCAACAACGAAUAACACUGUCAUAUUGACGUUGAAAUAAAUGGUGAAAACGGGCUUGCUGCUGCUGCGGAGUGCGUGUGUGUGUUCAUAGAGUGGCUGCUCGAUCGCUGGCUUGGUAUACCCCCCACGAGGAGCAUUGAGUUAACAGAGAGUAUGUAGCAAAAUUUCUUUGCAUUUGUGCUACAACAACAAUAAAAUAGUUUUUGCGCGAAAAUAUGUACAAGCGUUUAUAAUUAAAGAUUUGAAUACAUCCAUGUUGAAUCAAAAUUUAGAAAAAAAUCGCAAAUCAAUCAGUGGCUCAAAAGUGAAAUUUAUCACGCUAAACAUCAGCUGAUGCGUGAAAAAGUGAAAAUCUACCGGCUCGUGUUGUAUGGAAAUUUAUAAGUGUGUCGCGCAAAUGAAAAAUAUGUGUAUGUAUUUCGUAGAAUCAUAAACGCGCGCAAGUAAUCAAUUUGCAUUUAUAUGCAUCCAUAUUUGCAGUUGCAUAUCCGGUUGAAAUGUACACAUUAGUGGCAGAUAUUAGACAGAUAAGCCACUAAAAUUGCCUAUUUUACUGGCUUGUACUACUUCUUAACUUUUGCUACUGUUACUAUCGCGGUAACUACACACACAUAGUUGAUGUUCAUCUAAUAAGUGUCAAAGUGUCAUAAACUUAUCUCAGACGUUCAUACUUUAUGUGCAUCUUUUAGCUGUGCAUUUCUGUUCUUGCUCUUGUAAUUCGACAUUUUGCAUUCAAUUUAAUUUGUAUAUAAACGAAUAAACGCUACUACGUGUUCAUCAUGCAAAAUUACAACUACAAUCACAUAUGGCUAUAGCGCUUAGCCGAGAUCUAACGUCAUUGCCAACACAUCAUUUGCAAAGCAACGGAGUUAUCAGCAUUGCCAUCAACUUUGGGGGACAUAGUAUAUAGUACAUCUAUACAUACGUGUUUGAGCAGCUGAUUGUUGGAUAAAUUUUUUAUUUCAACAAUAUUGUGGUGUUGCUUGUACGCAUGAUAAAUUUUAAAUAAAUGGUAUGUAUUGCUAAUUAUGGAUGAUUAAAUCACUAGGUACCGAAUUGUCUUCGACUAAGUGCGCUACAGAAAUCCCGUUAGUUUGUUUUAUAGAUUAACGCUUUUCAAAAGCAAUGCAGUUCUCUGAAUUCCAAAGAAGCGACAAGGGAUUUAAGGAUAAAGAAUGACACUUAUGACCUUGCACUCUGCCCCACGAACAAUAGCGGGUUUGGAACAGCAACCGCAAUUAUUGGCGCCAUGGACUGUCUGCCCAUCAUGAAUGGCGGCGGAGGCGGCGCCAGUAGUAGCAACAGCAGCGGUAUCGGUACACUUGGUAUCGGCGGUGCACAUCAUCAAAUCAUGCCCAGCGGCAACAGUUCAGCGGCUGCUAUGGGUGGCGGCGGCAGCACACCAACCGUCACCGUUGUCGGUGCAUAUCAGCAACACCUCGCCAACUUGCAUACACAUCAUCCGCACUUGAAUUUGAUUGGCCAUCAUGCCGUCACACCGUACAGCAAUAAUUAUCCGCUGCAUCACAGCAGCAGCCAUCAUCACAUACAAAGCGAGCAGACGAAGUCGCUGCAGGAGUUGCAACAUGAGGUUGGCGCGCUGCUGGAAUUUCGCGAUCUGGUCAUUGAAACGUUUCCAGAUCUCAAACAUAAAAUGGCUUCAAUGUCUUCUUCAUCGGCCGCGUCCACGACGACAGCGGCGGGCGGCACGUUGAUGAGCGGCACAUCAGUGUCGGGCGCGAACACGCUGACUGGUGGCAGUGGCGGAAUGUCUAAUGCGUCAUUAGUGUCAAGACGCGAGUGGGAGCCCGGCAUACGUUUGAAGCGUAAAGUUUCGCAAAAAGAUCCGUCCACACCGACCACCCCAAGCGCUGUGGCGACGACGAAUUCGACUGGCGCCGUUGCAGGUGUCGCAGCUGGCGAAUUAUCGUCGUCGUCGCUGACGCGUAGUCGCAGCAACUCGCAUAGCGGCAAAAAGGAGCCAAAGAGUGGAGAGAAUAAUAAUGGGAGUGUUGUGCAGGACUCUGGUUUCUCAACGGAGACGAGCUCCUCGAAGGAAGGUCAUAGCGCAUCGUCUACGAACGGUGCUAUGACGGGUGCCACGGCGCUGAAUCGCCUCUCCUGCCACGAAUCUGACGAUGAGCUACUCAAUCUGCUCGACGUUAUACACCGCAAAUCGAAUCGUUUACGCGAAGAAAUGGAUCAGUUACAGCAGUAUGAGCGGCAGAAUCUACGUGGCGCUAGCAGCAAUCUUAGCACUAACAACAACACUAAUCUGGCGGAUGAGUCCACAACGACUGUGAUUGCAGCAAACGAAGCAUCCACACCGACAACGCGUAGUUCUUCGGUGUUAGCAAAGUCAAGCAGCGCUAGCGGCAGCAGUCAAAGUACAGUGAAUGCUGCCGGUCUUACGCCGAAAACCUUCCGCGAACAUGUUGAACGUCUUAACAAAGAGGAUAUCAAACAGUUGCGUAGAGAGCGUGAUCGCCUGCUGGACAAGUUGGCCGAGAUGGAAGCAGAAACGUUGACUGGACGCAUUAAGGCAGCUAAAAUGAAUGAUCAAGUGGAGGAGUUAAUCAGUGUGAAGAAAGAUCUCGAGGAGCAAUUAAAGCUGGCGAUGGCGCAGAAGUUGGAAUUGAGCGCGCGGGUGCAGCAAUUGCAACAACAGCAGCAGCCGCAGCAGUUGCAGCAUAGUAAAAGUUCAUCGAGUCAAUCUGAUUAUUCGAGUCAGCGCAAUUUCUUAUCUUCUGCAACAACGGUGCUAUCAACAGGUAGCGCUGCUUCAGUACAGCUUCAAGACGGUGGCGCAGCUGCCAACACCAUCACUACCAUACUAUCGAACGCACAAAGCCGGCGUCAACAUACAUUCCAGCCAGUGGUGGUGUUUGAUCAACAGCAACAGUAUCAGCGUCCACAAUAUACAACUCCCCCGGAGGACAUACACAUUGCAUUCCAUCAAAGCACAGGCAGUGAUACUAAAAGGCAACAAUCGGAGCAGGGCGAUCAACAGCAGCAGAAGCAGUUGGGUCGACUGGAUGGCAUUGUGAGCACACCAGGUGGGCGCUAUAGUAAAUGCCGCAUGAUCGAUUCGAAACGUUUCGCCGCAAUACUAUUAGAGACAAGCGUAGUUGAGUUGCAAAGGCAUCUGCUGACGCUCACCGUGCAGAAUCAGGUUCUGAUGCAGAAACUGGAUUCCGCUACCAAGUCAAAAUCAAAUUUAGCCAAAAGACUGGAUAAAUCGAAAGAUGAUGUUGAAGAUCUGCGUUUCCAGCUGGAGGAGAAGAAUAUUGAGUUGGAGGGCACUAAAGCGCAACUGCGCAUACUAGAGUCUCGCAUACACUCUGUGACGCCUAGCAGUGGUGCACCUACCAGUUCAUAUUUGCACUCGCAAAAUGAUUACGAAACAAAUCGUUCAUCGGCUUCCACCACAUUGAUGUUGAGUCGGCGUGGCAUUGGUAGUGGCGCUAGUGAUACGCUGCACUUCAGUGAUUUGCGUUCGGCCACACCAAUUUCAGCGACAAUGACAGCAACAUCAGCGGCUGGGCAAAUGCCCGCACCGCAAGUAACGCAAAUCUCUACGCCCAGCAUGAAGGCGAUGGUGCAUCUGCCGAUGGAUGAAUUGCAGCAACAUAGUAGCAGCACAGAAUCAGCGCAUGAUCAUGAGCUGCAAGAUAAUGGCCAUGCCCAGAAUGUGGCCAGCAGACUAAUGAGCGCAAGUGUGGGCGGUGUGAGCCCGUUUGAGAGCGCGGUGCGCGGUAAAAAAAAUAGCAUUGGAAGCAAGCCCAGCAAGAUUCCUUUGCCUGGAAGCAAAGCGGCGGCCUAUUUUGCAGGUAAACCACCUAGUGGACGACCGUCUACAGCUGGUCGUUCGCCACCUUCUACUCACACCUACGCCGCCUCUAACUCAUCGAGCAAAUCCUCGCUGUGUCGCAGCACAGGAAAUCUGCUCUACAGCAAGUCGCCGAACAGUAUGAAACGCGCUGACUCCGCACAAAGUAUACGUAAAGACAAUUCGUCAUUGAGCACCAACACGAGUCGCAGCUCUACAUCUUCCUCUAUACCAUUGGCGACACAUCACUUGUCAAAUGCUACCUCGAAGUCGCCGAUUGGUGCAACCGCGUCGACUCCAACUCCGUCCCCGAGAGUUUUACAAAACUCUCCACUACCGAAGCUAAAGCGUGAAUCGCUCACCUCACGCGUUCGCCAUUUGGACUCACUUUCGCGUGUACAUCAACAUAAUCAUCAUUCAAAUAUAAGCAACGGUGGUGGCAGCGAUGUUUCGUACACUUCACCUACAGCCAGCAACAACAGCAACCACGCCAAUUCGACACUUCUCACAUCGAGCUCGCCAACUGCGCUUUCUGGCAGCUCGGCAGGCAGCUACAUAGUGAGUAGCACGCCGAAGCCAAGCGCCAUUGCAGCGCAUCUGAAUGCAACGCUGCGCAAGGAUAUGCAGCUCAAUACUAGUAGUUACGGCGCACAACAAUUUCUGAGACGCGCCACUGGCGGUAAUGCUUCCCCCAAUAGCUCAGUUAGCUCCUCGGGUCUGAGUGUGGUAAAUAGCAAUGCGACAGCGCGCCGUUUUAGCAGCGCUUCGGUGAUGGGUGCACGCAUAGCGAAUCGUAGUCAAUCACAGGAACAAGGCAAUGGGGACCACCAACAACAACAGCAACAGAGUGACAGCGAUAGUGGAAAGCAUUCACUACUUUUUGAGCUGCAGCUACCGAACUCCAAAGGCUGUAAUAAAACUAACAAACCCACGACAGCGGGCGCAUCCUGGCGACAACAACAAUGGCACCAAGUGCUUACACAAGCCUUAAGUGACCAUGUGCAUCUCGGUAGCGCUGGCGGGGGCGGCGGUGUCGACGCUUGUGUUGACCUUGAUUGCGCCGUCGAUGUAGGUGGCAGCGCGCUCUCGCCCACAACCUUUGCUUCCCGGCCGUUGCCACUUCAAUUGGGUGCAAAUCUCCAGCUGAAGAGCAAAAGCAAAGACAACUAUAACUUCGUACGUGCCUAUGAGUUGGAGGAGCAAACCAAACUGCACCAACAACAUGAAAGCAAAAUGAAAUCAUUGCUGCCAGAAGCUAGCAUAUCCAGCUAUGAUUAUUACUACUCGAAUGACUCUCUCCGAAGUUCAGAUUGCGGCAGUGACAAUUUGGUAGUCACCUUCGAUUAUGGCUUUAGUGACUCGUUGCUCGAAGAAAUAUCUGGAAAUGAUUUUAGUGUGGAAAAGAAAAUGCAGGCUGACUUGCGUACAGUGUUUCCAAUUAAGGAGGAAAUAGAAUAUGCGCCCAACGUUGAAGAGACCAAUGUUUGGUGGCGGAAGCCAGAGAGUGCAAACAGCUUAAAAAAAUAUGACGAUGAUGACUACAGCGAUAGCUGGGAACAGCAGGAAGAGGAAGGGGAAGCGGAGAGGAUAGCACCCGAUGACCAUGAGGCGCAAAUUUGGUUUAACACAGCGCUGACACGCAGUCAAAAUGAGGGCUGUGCUGGUACCGCAUUCAAAGUACAUCACAUGCAACAUGCCCUUUUGGUGGGGGAUAAUGAAGAAAUGGAGUUGGUAGACGAAGAGGUGCGUGAAGAGAGUCUCGAUUCGUCGUUAGAAGUAGAAGAUCGAAAAAACGUCAGCCAGCGCAGUGCGAGUACCAGUAGCGCCAGCAGUUUCUACUACCGGCACUUGGCGCUGGAACAGUGGGGUAGGGCGACCGAGACCGAGACCGCCGUCGAUGUUGCGCCUAAUGUAGCGGAAAUGAAAACAAAUGAAGAGGGCGAUGCUGGAAGCGGCGAAGAGGAAUUCUUCGAUAGUUUGAAUUUAGCGUUGUAGUCAGCACUCUUUUUACAUUUACUUAUGUACUUGUUGCUAUUUCGUUAUUUGUUUAAAAGAUGACUUAAUUAGCGCAAACGGUGCUUGAUUUUUCCACAAAGAAAUUUUGAGAUAUAUUUUUCUAGCACAAAAUUCUUUACACUUCUCGCUUCUAACAUAUCGCUCGUUUGCUGGAAAAACGACUUGAUUCUAAAAGAAAGAAUUGCCCAUUCUUCUUUGAUGUAAGGCCAUGAGAGUAGAAGUGGCCUCACCCAACUUUCUGUUUGUGUACUUCCCUACUUAAAAGGGUCUCAAAUGUGAUAAUUGAUGAUUAAUUUUAAGGUACAAAGCUAUUUAACGUACUAUCAAAUUAGGAAAUAAGCGACCUUUACUUUAAAAUGUAUACCAUUUGAAACUAUUUUAAGAAGUUAAUUAAAAAAAAUGUGUCCACUUUACUAUAACUAAAAAACAAACUCUUUGCCCACAGUAAGGAAUCAAUUUAAGUUGACCGCUGUAUCAAAUUUUACGAUGGCAUACAUAUACAGUCAGCGUCAAAAAUAUGAAUCCACUGAAGUUUUGACGUCUUUAUUUAUUUAUAUUUUCCAUAACAA